CUGCAGGAGGUGCAGCGGCGGCACGCGGUGAUAAGGAAGGGAGGCGCCGUGCUGGAUCUGGGAUGCUGCCCGGGGGCAUGGCUGCAGGCACGUGGUGGGGCAUGGCUGCAGGUGGCAUGCCAGGCCCUGGGCCCCAUGAGUCAAGGUGGCUGUGUGGUGGGCGUCGACAUUCAGCCGACAGCAGUGCCCCAGCGGUGGUGUGACAGGCGAGUGCGGGUCAUCCAGGCAGACGCCUUGGCCCUCUCGCCGCUCCUCCUGCUGCGCCUCCUCUCCUCUCUCCAGCCCCACUCCUCCUCUCCUUCGUCCCGCUUCACCACGCUGCUAUCAGACAUGUUCCCAUCCACCUCUGGCGCCUCCCCCUCUGAUGUCGCUACCUCCCACUCCCUCGCCCUCCGCGCUCUCGCCCUCGCAGCCCAACCCUUCCACAAGCACUCGGAACCGCACAGCACCCACUCUCACCACCACACGCACUCACAACAAAACGGCUCCCACUUGUUGCAUUCAGGCCUGCACACCUUUCACCCAUCCCCACCAGAAUCCUUUGACGCACGACCUGCACACCCACACCCAUCAACCCACAACCGCUCACAUCCAGAUCCAGCCUAUCCUGACACUGGUGGGGGUGGGAGCAGAGGUACAGGUGCCAGGGAACCCGCAGGAGAAGCAGCAAGAGAGGCAGGAGCAGAGAGGGCAGCAGCAGGGACGGAGUGUGUAGCAGCAGUAGUAGAGAGACCAAGUGCACGCGUGCAAGGAGCUCAACAAGUGGGGGGGCGUUCAGCACAGGGGUGUGGGGAAGGAGGGGCAGCAGCGCAGGGGGGAGUGCUGGCAGUGGGGGGACACAUGGUGGUGAAGCUGCUGGAGGGUGACGACACUCCAGGUACGGUGGUGGGCGGUGGUGGGCAGUGGUGGGCAGUGGUGGGCAGUGGUGGGCAGUAUGGGGAUGCCGCAGGUAUUGGUGGGAGGGAGAGUGGCAACACCCCAUGUGAGGAGGUGAACGGUGAGGGCACACCGAGGCGUGACUUGCAAUGCUUGCUGCUUUCUCAUGCCAUGCACCCUGUUUCCACAUGCUCUCUUCCUGCCCCUCCUUCCUCUCUCCUUCCCUCUCUCCCAGCAACGGUCCCCAGCCACCUUACCUUCUGUCCCGAUUAA